UGGAAACAGGUGUAGAUCUUUGCGCUUGGAAGGUACGUCAGGAAUUCCUGACAGCGAUCAGUCAAGAGUGCAAGAUCCUGCAAGUGCUGCAAGUGCUGAGUAUCACUGAAACUCCAGUCUUUGGAAAAUGCGUACCGGCUGCUUCUUCUCUCCGUGUGUCAGUCGACCGAAGAUCAUUCCCGAUGAUGAAGACGAAGGAAGUGUGGACUCGGAGCCAUACAGUCCCCAGAAUGUGGACUUUCUCCAGAAUUUGGCGAAUGUGGAAAGCAUAAUUUUGAGCCAGAUGGGAGAGAAGGAACACAGUGGAUGCACAGAGCGAGACGAGUACAGAAUAAAAACUGCAGCUUCAAUGGCGAGGAGCAAUUCUUUAGCAGCAAAGGAAUUAGGAUCGAAGGCCGGUGGACACAUAAUCUUUGAGAAGGUUUCUCAAUUUUCAAGAUGCCCCAGUCUUAGCUCGAAUCAAUCCGGAGGCUUCGUGAGUACUGCAAAUGGGAAGCAAGAUGACAAAACUUCCACCAGGAGUGCCAUGCCGACAGCCGAGGAACACAGAAGUCUUUACAGUCCCAGCCCAAGUUUUCGAUGGGACUACGAGGAGCCUUACCGAGUGGACAGAACUCCCGAAUUUAGCACAAGGAGCAGUUCCAUGCAGAAAUCUGCGAGCUCAACCAGUUCCCUCUCCAAGCAGACAAGUAUCUCUGGAGAUCAAAAGAAGGUUAUGAAUCUGCAAUUCACGGAAGACUCUGAAACAGUCGGAUGUUAUAUUCACGUGAGCCGAACAAAUCAACGCAUCUUGAAUCACUAUCAGUUACGACCCUUCAUGGACGAGCUCAAGAGAUGGAGUAUGCAAGUUCCCAGUACCAGUAGCCUCAGGUACAAGCAUAGCACUGGAGUGGACGUGUCCCUUCCCUGGCCUGAUCUCCGUACCGGAUCGAUCCAAGAGAUUGAGAAAUUUGUUGACUCUGUAAAUAGGAUCGAAGGAAGAAAGGUCUUCUACUGCCUUCGAAUGGAGCACCCCCAUUCUUCGUUCUUAAAGCUGCCUCCCUGUGUUCCUCCCCCGGCACCGCCAUCGAUCAAAAAGCAGAGAAGUCUCCGGAACCGAUUCACUAAGUCGGGUUCCGGACGGAAGUGAGUGGCGAGCCCAAGGGACCAUCGAAGGUCCCUCGGACGAAGGUGCGAUUGUUCGAUGGAUUGCUUCACGGCAACCAUAUCAGUCCACGAACUGGCUUCAGUGGCCGUUGCAUUUAAUCCUUCAAAGUGCAUCAAUUAUGUUGAAGUCAGCAGCUGCAUAUGUUGGUGUUCGGAGGGACCCAACGCAUGCAAGGAUGUCGCUUCAACUUAUUAUUGAUUAGGAAUUCCGGAUUGAGGUUGGGAAAGUGGACCUCUUCAUAGAAGUAAAUUUCAUUUUCUGAAUCAUUCUUCCUUUGCUUUUCUUUAGUAUAAACAUAACUACAGGCUUACUAGCCUAUACAUGUAGGUACAGCAUGUAGUUGCUUGUUAUGUUAUAAAUUCCAUUUACUCGUCGUAUCCAUGAGCAGAU